AUGGAGGCGGCCUCGCCGGCUGGACCCCGCGCCCCGCAACUGUACGCGCCAGGAGGGGCGGGCGCGCUGGGGAGCCUGCUGCGCGGGCUCACAGGCCAGCUCUUCACCUGGCAUAUCUUGAAGACAGUUGCCCUGGGUCAGAUGCUGUCCUUGUGUAUAUGUGGGACAGCCAUCACCAGCCAGUACCUGGCAGAAAAAUACAAAGUGACCACCCCCAUGCUUCAGAGCUUUAUCAACUAUUGCUUGCUGUUUCUAUUUUAUACAGUGAUGCUGACAUUUCAAUCAGGGAGCGAUAACCUUUUAUCCAUCUUGAAGAGAAAAUGGUGGAAGUAUGUCCUCCUUGGGUUAGCAGACGUGGAAGCUAAUUACCUGAUCGUCCGAGCGUACCAGUACACCACUCUAACCAGUGUCCAGCUUCUGGACUGCUUUGGGAUCCCUGUGUUGAUGGCUCUCUCGUGGUUUAUUCUUUAUGCAAGAUACAGAGUGAUCCACUUCGUCGCUGUGGCUGUAUGUCUGCUGGGCGUGGGAACGAUGGUCGGUGCAGACAUCCUGGCAGGGAGGGAAGACAACUCCGGGAGUGACGUCCUGAUUGGUGACAUCUUGGUCCUUCUUGGGGCUUCCCUCUAUGCUGUUUCUAACGUGUGUGAAGAAUACAUUGUGAAGAAGCUGAGCAGACAGGAGUUUUUAGGGAUGGUGGGCUUAUUUGGAACAAUUAUCAGCGGCAUACAGCUAUUGAUUGUGGAAUAUAAGGAUAUUGCCAGCAUCCAGUGGGACUGGAAGAUUGCCCUGCUGUUUGUGGCGUUUGCCCUCUGCAUGUUUUGCCUGUACAGCUUCAUGCCACUCGUGAUUAAAGUCACCAGUGCCACCUCUGUGAACUUGGGCAUCCUGACAGCUGACCUCUACAGUCUUUUCUUUGGACUCUUUCUGUUUGGCUAUAAGUUCUCCGGGCUCUACAUUCUGUCCUUCUCCGUCAUCAUGGUGGGCUUCAUUCUGUACUGCUCUGCCCCGACGCGCACGGCGGAGCCCGCAGAAAGCAGCGUGCCGCCCGUCUCCGGCAUCGGGAUCGACAACCUAGGGCUGAAGCUGGAGGAGAACCUGCAGGAGACCCACUCAGCCGCCUUGUAGCUACAGAGGAAGGCGCCUGUGCUUGUGCACCCGAGGCUUCCCCGGAAACCGGGAGGCGCCCCUGGAGGCAGCAGACCCUGCUGACGGCAGAGGGGACUCGGAAAAUUAUUAGGGGAGCGAGCACUGCAACUUUGGAUUGGAUCCCAGUGGUUAGAUUUUGCAAAGGAAUAGAAAAUAGUGUAUCGAAGCAGAAAUACGAAAACAGAGCAGAAGGCAAGGUGGCUGGGAUCAUGUUUCUGUGGGUUUGAGGACCAAUACCUGUUCGGGUCAGGGAGACAAGGUGUGCCCCACACUGGGGUCUCAGAGACACCCGUGGGAAAGCGUGGUGGGGCCGAUAGCCAGGCAUGAUCCAGCCUCAGGGCAGGGCCUGCGAGCAGGCUGUCCAGGCUGGGCUGGGCAGUCAGGAGUGGGGGCAGCCCAGGGUGGUUUGGGAGCUGCUUCCCAUGGUUGGAGGCCUCUGGGUUUUGCCUUGCCAAGGUAGUCAUUGUCCACAAGCCCUGUGGUCUUCACGCCACAGUGAGGUCUGGUGACUGAUUGCAUAUGGCAGCAGCAUGGGUGGGGUAGCCCUUGAGAAAUCCUGAGAUACCAGUGUGGGUACCAUUGAGACAGGAAAGAGGGGUGGUGCAGUAAACCUGGGGACCCUCUCUCUGUUCUUCAAAGAGGAUACUACACUACUUCUCACCAAGUAUUUGUAAUGUGCCAUGAAAUUUUUAUGAUACUUCUUCAAUACAAAGUGCAACUAUGUAGCAUCAUUAUGAUAUUAACUACCACUCUGCCACUUUACAAAAACUGUAAACGGUAUGUAAACUUUUCUUUAAUGUAAUAAAGAAAUCGAGGGGAAGUGUUCAUGGUAUUAAAAGAUUUUGAUUUCAUGGGAA